AUGAAUAGCUUUUUUAUUAGAAAUCAAUCAGUAUUAAUAGGUGCUAUACUUGGAAUCGGAAUAGGCCUUUACACCUUUGUUCCUGCACUCGAGGAAUUGAAACGAGAGACAAAUCGAGCCCAUAACCUUUCUAAAGUUCAAUCUGAGAAUAACUCAAAUAUCGUUUCAAAUAAAGAAGCAGUUGUAGAAAACAAAGCAAAGACGUAA